GCCAAGAAGAAUCAAGAAAUUCUAAAAUAUAGGAAGUUAAUCAAGAAUGCUACAACAGCUAUGUACCAAGUAUCAAGCUGCCUUCCUAUGCUUGAAAAUUAUGCCAAACUCUAUGAGUUGAUGUCAGAAAAGAAAUAUUAUCAAGCUUUGAAAGUAUUGGAAGAAUUAGAUCAUACACACUUGGCUUUAUCAGAGAAAUAUCGAUUUACUCAAACUUUGGCUAAUAGCAUGGGGCCUAUCCGUCAACAAAUUAAGCAGGAAGCUUACUCUGAGUUCAAAGAUUUUUUGGAGCAUAUCAAGAAAGUGGCAGGUCGAGUUGGUCGGCAUGCAAGUCGCGAUAUUGCAAGACAACAUUCAUUCGGUGGAGAGCCGGAAAAAGGCAAACUCGAUCAUAAAACGGAUAGACCAGAGGUGGAAAUUGCUAUAUCGUCAGAUGGAAGUAUAAUCAGGAAACAGGAAAAGCAUUCAAUUAAAAGUAAAUCACCGACGAAAGGAUGGGAUGCUGAAGCUCUUUCCGCACAAGACCUUAUUGAUUAUACUCCUAUACAUAGAUGCUGUCAGAUAUUCACUGUGUUGGGAAACAAGGAAGAGUUUGAACAGUACUUCCGACUACAAAGAAAGGAACAAUGCCAAGUUGUUAUUGAACCACCAACAAAGAUGUCGUCACUGAAAAGCUACGUUGACUAUUUGAAUGAGAUUAUUGGGUUCUUUGUGGUCGAGGAUCAUAUAUCCAUGACAGAAACAUCAUUAGCUGCCAAUUCACAUAAAAAUCAACUUUGGGAUGAAGCUCUGAAAAAAGUUAUAAACACCAUGAACACAAGAUUUGGAGGAUGCCCAGAUGUCGAGAUGAUGUUGAGAAUAAAAAAAGUCAUUCUCCUCUUUGCUUUAACAAUGAAAUCAUAUUCCUUUGUCAUUUCUCCUCUAUAUCUUCUUCUCCAGAACUUCAGAGAUCAAUACAACGAAAUUCUCAUGAGCGAGUAUUGUGCACAGUUUGAAAAAGAACUUGUGUCCGAUAACUAUACUUCAUUGAUUGCUGAGAAUGAGAAAGAAUUCAAUAAUAUUGUGAAAUUGUUCCCGUUGAACAAGCGUUCUCUUGAAAAUAGUUCGUAUCCCCGUUAUUUCCCCUUCUCCAACCUUGUAGUCAAUGUAUAUACUCAAGCGAAAUCAUACUUAGUAGGAUGCAUGCGCUUUAUGGAGCAUCUUCAGUUAACUCAGUCAGAAAUAGAUGACACAGUUCGCAGAUAUGCGAACGUUCUUCUUUCUCGGUGGUCAGGCAGUAUCAAAGACUUUGCUGCUCGCCAAAAAUCUCUUGCCACGCUCAUCCAGUUGACCAUUAAUAUCAGCUACCUCGAAAAGGCUUGCAAAUCUUUGGGAACAUAUGUAACUGCACUAACAACUGGUGCCGAAGAGUGUAUUCGGGAUAAGAUUGACGAAAUACUCGAGCUUGGUAGAUAUGAUUGGGAACUUCCAGCUUCUUCAGGACAAGCUUCCGAUCACAUAACUGAUCUCAUUAAAUUUUUAUCCACCACCUUCAGUACUUUUGCUGUAUUGCCUCAGUCUUUGAGCCGACACGUUUGUAUGCAGACAUGCAAGCAUUUGUCAGAUCGACUUUCUGAUACGGUACUCCAACCAGACGUUCAAGCUGUUUCCCCAGGUGCUCUUGAACAAUUCAGCUUAGAUGUCAUGCAAUGUGAAAUGUUCACAAUGCAAGCUCCCGUUGAAGGUUUUGAAAAGAACGCUUUAGCUAUGACGUUUGUACAUUUGCGGUAA